GUCUCCUUAAUGCUAGCAAUCUCUUCUUCUCAAAUCUUGCAAAUAAACAGUUUUCUUACCUUUUCCUAAUUUAUUUUUCUUGUUAAAUGUGUUCUAUAUCACGCGGAAAAUUGUCCACAGUUCUGAAAUCCACGUCAAGCUGCAUUUUCGAAAAUCUUGCGUAUGAGGAGCAUAUUUUCAGGACUCACAAUGUCGCUCAAAACGGGGAAAUCCUGCUCAUGUGGAGUAAUCGACCGGCUGUAGUCAUCGGAAGACAUCAAAAUCCGUGGAUUGAAGUCAACAUACCAUAUGCUAACAAAAAUAAUAUUCAAAUUGUCCGAAGGCACAGUGGAGGAGGCACUGUUUAUCAUGAUCUAGGAAAUCUGAAUAUUUCACUUUUAACAACACACGCACAACACUGUCGGCCAAAAAACUUGAAGUUCAUUUCGGAUGCUCUAAAUCAACAAUUUUCUGUUAAAAUCGUUCCAAACAAGCGUGAUGACAUGGAACUACAUCCAGGAGAACGGAAAUGCUCAGGAACAGCUGCAAGAAUUGCGCGAGGUCAAGCCUAUCACCAUCUAACACUCCUCGUCGGUGCGGAUCUUCAAGUAUUAUCAAAAUCUUUGAAAUCUCCAUGGAGAGAUAAAAUCGAAUCAAAUGCUACAAGAAGCGUAAGAGCUCCGGCUGUUGGAUUUCUGAAACAAGAUGAUGCCAAUGCAAAUGUCGAACAAUCAAAAUUAGCCAUUGUUGAAGCUUAUAGAAAACUGUUCGAAGAAUCACAUAUAAAAACUGUGAAUGUUGCAGAGGAAGUGAAGAAAAAUGCAGAAAUAUCGAAAAUCUUUGAUGAGUUGAAAGCCUGGAAAUGGAUUUAUGGAAAAAGCCCGAAAUUUCAAUAUUCCCGCGAAAAUAAGUCCAUAAUUGAAGUGAAAGAUGGACUCGUGUUAGACACAAAUCAACAAUUCUCGCCGGAUCUUUAGUCAUUUCUUUUUAUUUUAAUUAUUUUCUAGUCGUUAUUUGAUUUUCCGUGUAUUUUCCCUUGUUCUCUUGCUCACAGUAAUUCCGUUUAAGUAAAAUUUAAAUUUUUAGAUGAUGCGAACUGCUCACAAGG